GACUGGAGACCCUGGGUUCAAAUUUUCAACGGUACUCCAUGAAUCCCGCGGCGUUUCUUGCGGGUGCUUCGCCGUUGCAGCUGAGUCCAGGUUACUGGAAAACUUGCUAGACUUCAAGAUUUCAAAAGAGACGCAAGAUUGCAAGUGUGAUUGGACUGACAGAUUAAACCACAGGUGGGGACAAUGUCGCAGGUUAAAGCCUCGUACUCCUAUGAUGCUCCCACGGACUUCAUCAAUUUUACAUCUUUGGAUGAUGAGGAAGACACCCAGAACAUAGAUUCCUGGUUUGAGGAGAAGGCCAAUUUGGAGAUUAAGUUUCCUGGGAAGAAUGGGACGGGGCUUUUUCCAGACAAAACUCCUUUGAGAAAGGCAAAUCCUCAGCAAGCUGCUGUCACACCUUUGAGACCAGCUGACAACACUUAUUACAAAGAAUCAGAAAAAGAGAAUCUGGUGCAACAGUCCAUUCCCUCAAAUGCUUGUUCUUCCCUGAAAGUCAAGGGAACCACCUCAAGAAAUACUCCAUCCCAGGCUCAGAGAAGAUCCGUUAGACUCUCUGCUCGGAAGAAUUUGGCCCAGAAAGAAAAACAAGUGAAAACGACAGCUAAGAGAUGUUCUAAUCCUGGAAUCACCAGUGAAACUCCACCCUCUAAAAGAAUGAGAGUCUCUAACAAUAAGAAGAAGCCAGAAGAGGAAGAUAGUGCUCAUCAAGAUAUGUCUGGAAAGAACGAGUCGUCCCCAGAGAAAGCCAAGGGCAGACACAUUGUGCCUUGUGUACCACCCGUGAGGCAGAAGAUUCUAAAAAGUACCGAGGAGCAAGAGUUGGAGAAAAGCAUGAAAAUGCAGCAGGAGGUGAUGGAGAUGCGGAAAAAGAACGAAGAAUUCAAGAAAUUUGCUCUCGCAGGAGCAGGACAACCCGUGAAGAAAUCAGUGAGCCAGGUAACCAAAUCAGUCAACUUCCACUUCCGCACAGAUGAGCGAAUCAAACAACAUCCUCAGAACCAGGAGGAGUAUAAGGAAGCGAACUUUAUAUCUGAACUGCGAAAGCAUCCUCCGUCUCCUGCCCAAGUGACUAAGGGAUGCACCAUCAUAAAGCCUUUCAACCUGUCCCAAGGAAAGAAAAGGACAUUUGAUGAAACUUCUUCUUCAUAUGUGCCUCUUGCACAGCAGGUUGAAGCCUUCUAUAAACGAACCCCUAAUAGAUAUCACUUGAGGAGCAAGAAGGAUGAUAUUACUCUGUUACCCUCCAAAUCUGCUGUGGCCAAGAUUUGCAGAGACCCACAGACUCCUGUGUUGCUAACCAAACAGCGCACAAGGCCCGUGACCUGCAAAAGUUCAGCGGAUCAGGAGGCUGAGGAGCUGGAGAAACUGCAACAAUACAAAUUCAAAGCACGGGAACUUGAUCCGAGAAUUCUUGAAGGUGGGCCCAUCUUGCCCAAGAAGCCAGCUGUGAAGCCGCCCACUCAGCCCAUUGGCUUUGAUUUGGAGAUUGAGAAGAGAAUCCAGGAGCGUGAAUCAAAGAAGAAAUCAGAGGAGGAAUACUUUGAAUUUCAUUCCAGACCUUGCCCGACUAAGAUCUUGGAAGAUGUUGUGGGUGUUCCUGAAAAGAAAGUACUUCCCAUCACCGUGCCCAAGUCACCAGCCUUUGCGUUAAAGAACAGAAUCCGAAUGCCCGCCAAUGAUGAGGAAGAGGAGCCAGUAGUGAUAAGAGCUCAACCCGUGCCACAUUUUGGGGUGCCUUUUAAGCCCCAUAUCCCAGAAGCAAAAACUGUGGAAAUAUGCCCUUUCUCAUUUGAUUCUCGAGACAAAGAACAUCAGUUACAGAAGGAAAAGAAAAUAAAAGAACUGCAGAAAGGGGAGGUACCCAAGUUCAAGGCACUUCCUUUGCCUCAUUUUGACACUGUUAGCCUGCCCGAGAAGAAGGUGAAGAAUGCAACCCAGGUUGAGCCUUUCUGCUUGGAGACUGAUAAAAGAGGUGCCAUGAAGGCACAGACUUGGAAGCAUCAGCUGGAGGAAGAGCUGAGACAACAGAAAGAAGCAGCUUGCUUCAAGGCUCGUCCAAACACCGUCAUCUCGCAGGAGCCCUUUGUUCCCAAGAAAGAGAAGAAACCCACCGCUGAGGGCCUUUCUGGUUCUCUAGUUCAGGAACCUUUUCAGCUGGCCACUGAGAAGAGAGCCAAGGAGCGGCAGGAGCUGGAGAAGAAAAUGGCCGAGGCAGAAGCCCAGCGGGCACAGCAGCUGGAGGAGGCCCGGCAGCAGGAGGAGGAGCAGCAGAGGAAGGAGCUGGCCAGGCUCCGGAAAGAACUGGUGCACAAGGCAAACCCAAUACGCAAGUACCCGAGCGUGGAGAUCAAGUCAAGUGAGCGGCCUCUGACUGUGCCUGUGUCUCCCAAAUUCUCCACUCGGUUCCACUGCUGAACUCAGCUUCGAGCUGCGGGCGCAGCCUGGGAGCGGAGCCACAUUUUCCAUCGCGCCAGGGACUGCCUCCCUUUGUCCAUCAGGGGCAUGGAGAGAAGCCAUUUCUUCAGACUGUUACCUACCCAUGCCCGACAGAGCGUGCCCGACAGCUGCUGACUGUGUUGAGAACUGUGACCCUACAUUGUUCAGGCUGAUAGUGAGACUCAGCCCAAGUGUGUCUCGGUCAGACUCCAUGUCGGUACUUCUUUGACCCAUCAGUUGACCUUCAAAAUGGGGUUUAACUUUGCCUAGGAUGGAAAGUCUUUAUAUCAGCACAGUGUAAUUUCUCUUGUCCCUUCCCUAACUGCCCCACCUUUUUUUUUCUAUUUUAAAUCAGAAAAUAAAGACAGUUAAAUAUUGAGAUAGGAUUUAACUUACGGCUUCAAGGAGGAACAGUCAGUAUAUCAGAUUCUUGCCUCUUCUCUCCACAAGAUAAAUUUAGAGUUAAGGGGCUCUUUGCCGUGAGGGGGAAGCCCCAUGAGCUGCACGUGAGGAAGGAGACUGUGUGGGCUGGUGGGGACCCUCAGAGCGCCUGGCGAGCUGCAGGCCGAGUGCUGUCUAGGCCCGCUCUCCUGUCCUUGUGCUAAUAGUGACGGGGAGCGCCCAGCGCACCUGUUAGGUCCUACAGUGACCCGGCUGGAAUAAAUAUGUCUGUCUUCCCCUCC